AUGGAUCUUCUUCUCCCAUCAGCAUACCACACUCACUCACAACUACAUACACAUCAGUUACAUUUUAAGUUCUUUUUCCAUAUUUCUUCGUUAAUGGCUACUGCUGAGAUCGAAUCAAUUCCAGCACCGGUAGUGCCGGCCGCCGCCGCCGAGGCUGUUCCUGAAAAGGCGGCGCCGGCGGAGGAGAAAGCUCCAGCUCCGGUUCCGGUACCGGCUGAGGAGGAGGCAACCAAGGAAGCCCCACCACCGGAAGCCACCGGAGAAGUUACGCCGGAAGCUGAACAAGAGCCUGCUCCGGCAGCCGAGCCAGAGAAAGCCGUGGCGGAAGAGCCCGCAGCCGCAGCCGAACCCGCAGCGGAAGAGGAGCCGGCUCCGGCCGUGGCUCAAGAAGCCGUCGCUGAGGAGCCGGUAGCCGAGCCGGAGCCUGAGGCAGCGGCGGCGGCGGCGGCGGCGGAGGAAGUGGAAGCAGUAGCGGAAGCUGAAGCUCCGGCGACGGAAGAGAAGGCUGUAGAGGAGAAAGCAGAGGCAGCCGCAGCCGAAGCCGAAGCCGAGGAAGAGAAGAAAUCUGAGUGAAGAAUGGAAUCAUAAUCCGGCAUCGUUUACAACCAUUACUACUACUUCUACUACAUACUUUUAUUAUUAUUAUUAUUAAUAUUAUUGUGUUUUUGUUAUUUUAAUUACCAGUUUGUUUAUGUUUCUAUUGUCGUACGUUGUUUUAGCAGUGUCUUCUGUCUUUGUUAUUUUAAUUACCUUUGGAUUAAUAAAAUUAUAUUUUUAUAAA